AGUAGUGUUUUACUUCCGGGUCUGCGCGGCCGCAGAUCGCAGACUUGUAUGGACAAUCCAGCGUCCUGCAUUACAUGAGCAGUUUAAUCCUUGAAACUGUUCCUCCUUUGACUCUUAGAUCAGAGCAACAUGUCCGGGUUUAAAGACCUUAAAGAUUCAUCCAGACGGAGGCUUCUCUCUGCGGCUCACAGAGACCUGGUGGAGCAAACAACGCCGACUGUCCACGAAGAAGAAGAAGAAGAAGAAGAAGAAGAAGAAGAGCUCCACCGACAGAUCCAGCUGCACAGAGUGAUUCUAACACCUGACAUAAAGCUGCAGAGAGCAGUGUUUCCUGCAGUCAUAAAAGAGGAGCAGCAGGACUGGAGCUCCAGUCUGGACCAGGAGGACAAGAAGCCUCCAUGCAUUAAAGAGGAACAGGAGGAACUCUGGAGCAGUCAGGAAGGAGAGCAGCUUCAAGGACUGAAGGAGGAUGAUAUCAUCAAGUUUACAUUCAUGUCUGACCCUGUAAAGAAAGAAGAUGAUGAAGAGGAACCUCAGUCCUCACAGCUACCAGGACAAACUGAUCAGAUGAAAACAGAUGCUGAUGGAGAGGACUCAGAACAAGACAGGAACUCAGAUCAGGAAGACUCGUCUGAACCUGAGACUGAUGACAGCGAUGACUGGGAGAAAACCGUAGAAAAUCCACCAGGUUUAAAGUCUCUGGAAAACAUGACAGAUAACACACCAAAGUCGGAUAGCUACUCUUUGUGUGGUGAAACACUCAACCAUAAGUCUGGUCUCACGGCUGAAAUAGCUCCUCACAGCAGGGAAAAGCCCUUCAUCUGUCGUCAGUGUGAUAAAAGCUAUCACUACAAGUGCUCUCUGACCGCACACGUUAGAGCUCACACCAAAGAGCUGCCGUUCAGCUGCCUUCAGUGUGACAAAAGAUUCAGCCGAAAGUGGGAUCUGACAGUUCACAUGAGAUACCACACGGGAGAGAAACCUUUCAGCUGCUCUGAGUGUGAGAAAAGAUUCUCAGAAAAAUGCAAACUGAUUGUUCACAUGAGAGUCCACACGAAAGAGAAACCCUUCAGCUGCUCUGACUGCGGGAAAAGAUAUAGCCGAAAGUCAGGUCUGAAGACUCACAUGAAACAUCACACAGGAGAGAAACCCUUCAGCUGCUCUGAGUGUGCCAAAACAUUUACCCUGGAGAACAACCUGACCACACACAUGAAGACUCACACAGGGGAGAAACCCUUCAGCUGCUCUGACUGUGGUCUAAGAUUUGCCCGUAGAAGAUGUCUAAGAGAACACAUGAUACUUCACACGGGGGAGAAACCGCAUGCAUGCCCUGAAUGCGAUAGAAGAUUUUCCCAUAAAAGAAAUCUUAGCAAACAUAUGGUGGUCCACACAAGAGAGAAACCUUUCAGCUGCUCUGUGUGUGAGGACAAAUUUGAUCACAAGUCUGAGCUGAAGACUCACAUGGAACAUCACACAGGAGAGAAACCCUUCAGCUGCUCUGUGUGUGCCAAAACUUUUACCCAGAAGUACAACCUGACCACACACAUGAAGAUUCACACGGGGGAGAAACCCUUCAGCUGCCAUGACUGUGGUCUAAGAUUUGCCCGUAAAGGAUGUCUGAAAGGACACAUGAUAGUUCACACUGGGGAGAAACCACAUGGAUGCCCUGAAUGCGGUAGAUUAUUUUCUCAUAAAAGAAAUCUUACCAAACACAUGAGAGUCCACACAAGAGAGAAAUCCUUCAGCUGCUCUGAGUGUGGGGAAACAUUUGAUCACAAGUCUGGUCUGAAGGCUCACAUGGCAGAUCACAGAGGGUAGACUGGUUCCAGCUGCUGUCUUUGUCACCAUGUAGUCUUUAAAAGUUGAAUUGACCCAACAUAUGACUGUUCAUGUAAAAGAGAAACCAGUUUGCUGCUCUGAGUGUGGCAGAAGAUUUAGCCGAGAGGGAACACAGAGAGAACACAGAAGACUUCACACGAGCGCCAAAUCCCAACAAACGUUAUCCUCAGACUCUUUCCAUCAGAGCAGGUCUAGACCGUACUCUAUGUUCUAAACAAAGACCCAACACCUGUCGUGGAAUUUUCAUAGUCGUAUAUAUGAAUACUUAACACUUGUAUCUUUCCAGUGUAAGUGUCAGGUGCAGAGUUACUUCCUUGCAAUGUCAGCCGAGACUACUGGGGGAUAGGCGAGACAGGGUCACUGCACUAAUCAAGGUCUUUCUCUCUGCUCCUGUCUUUAUCUGUAUGUUUAGACUGAUGUAGUGUCUCCACACUGUUUUGUUUCCUAUUGUCCAAAUAUGGGCGUCGUCUUUGGGGAUAAAGUACCACGCCUGAGGAAUUGUCUGGCAGAACUGACUUGGCACUGCACUGCACUCUCCUGCCUGUGUACUGUUAUGUUAUUUCUCCUCAAUUGAGUUCUACAUAAACUUUUUCAAUGUAAGCCAUCAGAGUCUCCCGAGUCUUCUAUGUCCAGUGUCCAGUUUAUUGAUGAAUUUCACCACAACACCAAGACCGGAUCAGAUCCAGUCCCAUCUUACAGACAGGACCCAGUCUGAUCUCAUCUACACAAGGACAAGCAUCCUUUAACAGGCAGAAACCUCUAGCAGGACCAGACUCAUGUUAGACACACAUCUGCUGAGACCGCGUGGAAACCAUGGAGAGAUCCAGAGGAACCUACGAGACAAGGGAGCUCUUGGACUCCAGAAAGGUCUAUGGUUAGUAACUUUGAUGGGACAAUGUGGCUCUCUGAUUCUGAUUGGUCAAAACCCCUUGACAAUGGGGUUUUGACUAAAUCAGGGAAAUGAACAUAACAGGAGGGUUAACAUGGAAAAACAGUGGUAGGCUGAGUAUUACACAGUGGUCUAAUGAAAUGUCUCUGCGCUUGGCUCUGGAAAAGAGAACAUAUACACUUUAGGUCAAACUAGAAUUAUUUGAUGGUAUCUGGGGCCUAUUUAUUAAUUUUCUUCAGGAUAAGGAUCGGUCACACAUCUGGAGCUAGGCUGGAAAAGAGUUGGCAAUGUUUGUAAUUGUGAUACACAAAUCAUCUAUGGUAAUCUACUCCCUUUAUUUAUCUCUUGUUAAUACAGACAAUAAUAAUGUAACAUUUUGUAAUAUAUGCUCUUUUUGAUUCCCCCCCCCUUGUAUUCUUAUUGAUUUUUCCCUUUAUUUUAUAGAUAUGUGCAUGUGUAUGUAAAUCUAUAUAUUUAAAAACCUCCUUGUGAUUGUGUGUCUUUGAAAAAGUUUUUAAAAAAUCAAUAUACACACAUUGUUUAAAACAAAUAAAUUUGGAU